AUGCUCAUCGGGAACAAAUUGCCGGCUAAUUUACGUUCAUGUUUAACAACAAUAAUCAUUAAAAAUAAUUCUGUUGUUGAAUAUCGCUUGCCUAUUGAUUACAGCCGGUUACUAAUUUCGGAAACAAAGUCAAGGCAGUCUCCAAAUACUAGCGCUAGGAUUCGCCAAGUCUUACAAAUCGAUGAUAUUAAUCAAAAAUUGCUCUUUGAAGGAGUAGAGAUUGACGAAAAUUCGAUUGAUGAUUUCAAAAAGUUUUUAGUUCGUUUCAUUAUUUCAAAUAACACAAAAACGAACGCAAUACAUUUUGAAAUAAUUAAAGAACGAAUUUUCAUUGAAGUUGAUAUUAGGAGUCUAAAACCUAAUGCGGAAUUAAAUUCGGCUGUUCAAGACGCGUUAUCAUCGCCAACUCCAAUUUGCGAAUUACGUUUAGUAUUCGAAAAAUACGGACACUUUGUCCCUAUCAAACUCGUAAUGGGUGACAAAUUACAACAAAAUAUUAAAACUUAUGAAAAAUUUGCGGAAAAGGAUAUUGUCACAAAGAAUUAUGAAGGGUUUUCAGAAAAUGAAAUUACAAGUAUUCUACAUUCUUCGGUUGUAUAUGCUGUUAACGGAGACCCGCUUGAUAUCAGUCAAAUUCCAAGCUGGUUCGAAAAGACCUCAAAUAAAGAACGCGUUAUAAAACGUGUUGUAGUACCGAUCAUUAAAAUCCUUGAUCACGAACAACAACUAAAGAUAGAAGAUCUCUUCACAAAAGAAAACCGGGUUCUUAUGAAAAAUAAGACACUGCUUAUGGAUACAUCUAAAAGCUAUUAUCGAUUCUUUUUCGAUAAGCCAUUGAAAAGCUAUAAUUAUCAAAUCUUUGGAAAACUAGUAUCUCUUGAGGGAUCAGAUAUCGAUGUGAAAUUCAAUUUGAAAUCAGAGUCUGGAUUCUCGGUUAAUUGGGACAAAAAAAGAAAAAUAAAGGGGUCGAUUGAACUUGAAUGGAUGUUAAUUGGUUGCCCGAGUGAAAUUGGGUAUUAUGACUCUAAAACUCGUGAUAUCUCUGUAAAAACAGGUUUUGUCGAAUUAAAACUUGAACCGAGAAAUGAAAUAAAAAAUAAAAAUGGAUCGAAAUCAUGGUCUAAACGCAUUGAUGUCGGAAUAUCUCUUUCGCAACACCAUGCUAUUUCAAUAGACGUUGAGUUUGCUUCGGCCUCCAAUAAAAUGAUGUUCUUUCAAUCGAGCUGUUCAGUAAUAUUUAGAUCCGUUGUCGAAGUACGAAUCGAAACUUACGAAGUUGAGACUCUUGAGUUAAUAGAAAAAGAUAAGGAGUUUUUCCUCAAUAUCCGAUGGUGUGUAGUCACUGGAUAG